UUUGGGCUGAACUAUCUGAACUAUUUGCUGACCCAGGAUAGUGGUGCUGGGGGAGGGAUGGGCCUGGGGACUCAGGGAAGGUCUCCUGCACCUGCCUCGCUUUUCUUUCUCACUCCAUCCCCCGAAACCAGAAAUGCCCAUGGCGAUGCAGCAGCAGCUGAGGCAGCUCCUGCCGGACAGGAAGGUGGACACUKCUGCUGCCCUCGCCCUGCUCAGCGGCUCCGUGGCAGCCGUGGUGGUCUGGAAAUGGCUGGGCAGAAAGRUGAUCCAGAAAAAAAUGGAAGAAGCUCGGAGGACCCGGGAUGAGGGCAUGAAGAAAAUGGCAAAGGCUGUCCAGCAGUUCAGGGAGCAGGUCCCCAGUGUCCAGAGGGAUGCCAUCCUCUCCCUGCCCCUGAUGGAACUCACUGGAAGGCUGCGGGAAGGGUCUCUGUCCCCCAGGACUGUCCUCUACACCUACUUAGAGAAGGCCCUGGAAGUGACCCAGCAGACAAACUGCCUGCGACACUUUAUCCCAGAGUGCGAGGARCAGCUCCAGGAAAUCCAACGGCACCAGGAGAAAGGGCUGCUCUACGGCRUCCCCGUCAGCAUCAAGGAUCACAUCGGCCACAAGGGGCACUUGGCGACCUGUGGGCUUGUGCAGGGCCUGGACACUCUGAUGGAGGAGGACAGCGUGCUGGUCAAGGUUCUGAAGAGACAAGGGGCCAUCCCGUUUGCAAUGACCAACGUGCCACARUCCCUCUUCAGCUACGACUGCAGCAACCCCAYCUUCGGCCGGACCUUGCACCCCUUCAACCACCACAAGAGCCCCGGGGGCUCCUCGGGAGGGGAGGGAGCUCUGAUCGCAGGGGGAGGCUCCAUCCUGGGCAUCGGCUCCGACAUCGGCGGCAGCAUCCGCCUGCCCUCCAGCUUCUGCGGGCUCUGCGGCCUCAAACCCACGGCUGAGAGGCUCAGCCUGUCAGGAGUGACUGGCCCUAUCUACGGCAUCCUGGCAGUCCCCUGUGCUCUGGGCCCCAUGGCCAGGGACGUGGACAGCCUGGCCCUGUGCAUGAAGGCGCUGCUCUGCCCAGAGAUGUUCCAGCUGGACCCCUCGGUGCCCCCCAUCCCCUUCAAUGAGGAGGUGUACUCCAGCUCCACUCCCCUGCGGGUCGGGUACUACGACACCGAYGGCUACUUCCCACUGCCUCCCUGCAUGAGGAGGGCAGUGAAGGAAACCAAAAGGGCUCUGCAGGCAGCCGGGCACCAGCUGGUGCCCUUUUCUCCACCUCGGGUCUCCUAUGUGAUGACUGAACUGUUCAUGAGGACGUUUUUUGCUGAUGGAGGCCGUGCCUGGUUGGAUGUGUUCACAGGAGAUAUCAUAGAUCCAGGCUUGAAACCACAGGUGAAUUCCUGCAAGAUCCCGAGGCUGCUGAAGAAGCUGCUGGCUCUGCUUUUCAAACCUCUGUUUCCCCGCCUGGCUGACUACCUGCGUGGCUUGGCUGGAAUGAGGUCAGUGAAGGAGAUGUGGGAUCAUCACCACCAAAUACAGGUGUACCGCUCCCAGUUCAUCCGCCGCUGGAAGGAGCUGCAGCUGGACGUGGUGCUGUGCCCGGUCCUGGGGCCUGCCUUCACCAAGGGAUACCCCGGGAAACUCCUCACUGCCAUCUCCUCCACGAUGCUGUACAACGUCUUGAACUUCCCCGCCGGGGUUGUCCCYGUCAGCACCGUGACCGAGGCGGAUGAGGAAGAGCUCAAGCUUUACCAAGGAUGCUGCAAUGACCCCUGGGACCGGGCACUGAAACAGGCUGUGUCAGGCACCGUGGGGAUGCCCGUGGCCGUGCAGUGCGUGGCCCUGCCGUGGCAGGAGGAGCUGUGCCUGCGCUUCAUGAAGGAGGUGGAGACCCUCAGCCGUGACAAGAGAGUGGCAUAGUCACCAYGGUCCCCACGGGAAGGGACAGCACUGCACGAUGCCACCAGCGGUGCAGAGACUACAGCGAGGAGGGGAGGAGGAAGGAAAUGCCACCUCCUGACCCCUCUGCUUGCCAUUGGCAAAGAUCCUGCAAGGAACCACCCUGCAGGACUGGCUUAAGACUGGUUCAACAAAGAUAAAUCUAGGAAUGCAUCUUUCUGCAAGGAUGUUGUGGGGCCAUCACUCCUGCACCCCCAUUUCCAUCAGCGCUGCCUCUUGCAGGAGCAGGGUGGUACUGAGAGGAAAGGAUUACAAAAGUUCAACGGUAUUUUCCUGCUGGCACUGGAGUGACUUCAUAUGGAUGUAACCAUGCGCUGCCCCAUGAGGAAUACAGCCAUGUCCACCCUUCCCAUCGCUGUAUUGUGCUCACAAAAAUAAAAAUGUAACUAUUAAGUAAUUCUUAUCAUAAACUCCAGUAAUCCUUCACUGACAGUAUGAUUCUAUAAACAAAGUCACUGCUCAAAAUCAUACCAGCACCUGCCCACUGAACAUUAAAUGGUAUCUAGCAUGGGAACAUUCACACUUUCCCACAGCCUUCCUAUCUGAUGGCAACAGUCACUGGCCUCUCCACAGCACCAUAUCUCCAGCGUCCCAAGCACAUUUCCAGCCACACAGGAAGGGCAUUCUUAGGAACCCCUGAUUUCAGGACCUCAGGCUGCUCUCUCUGAAGGCASAUAUGCAGAGACAGAUGCAACUCAUUUAUGCAGAUGGUGAGAUCUGGGACAGAAAGGCUGAGAUCCCCAGAUGGUGUUUGUUAACCCAAACCUGCUCAUGUAGGAUCAAAGCAGCCAGACAGGAGGAGGAGAGCAGGGCCAUUUAUCCUGUCCCACASAGAUGGAAAAAUCGCUCCCUCUGAUAAGACCUCUCUCUCUUUCCUAGAUUAAACACCUCAGUCUCAAGCAGAUAAAUAUUCAGGAGACACCACAGCAGGU